GCAAGCAGUUGGGGAGCUGAGCACCGCGUUAGUAAGGGGGGGCUCAUCUGUCUGGUCGUAGCUCAUUGAGGCGCUAGGGCCGGUGCUGCGAUGGCGUAGUGUGUGGACAGGGAGGAGAGGGAGGAGACAAAACCAGUGAGAGGAUGAGCGGCUCUCAGCUUACGGUCCGGUUGUACCGGGACUCCUUCAACACACCCUGGGGCUUCCGCCUUCAGGGUGGAAAGGACUUAGGACAGCCGCUUUCCAUCCAGCGGGUAUUCUCCAAUAGUCCCGCGGAGGGCGAGCUGCAGCGCGGUGACCUCAUCCUCGCCAUCGGCGGCAAGGACGCCAGUGAACUGACCCACAAACAAGCUCAGGAUCUCAUCAAGUUCGGAGGAGGUCAGAUCCAGCUUGUCAUCCAAAGACCGCCACCCGGUCGUGUGCAGACUACCAUAACCAUCAAACCCCAGCGACCCCGGGCACCAUCUUUACAGCAGAGCCCGUCCUCUCCGGCCAUGCUUGGCGAAGGGGUCAACUGGCCGCACGACCCGUGCUACAACCCGAACUUCCCACCGCAACAGCAUUCCCCUUCCUUCCUCCAAAGCCCCCCGCCAUGGACCUCCCAGAACUUCUCGCCUAAGAAAGUGUCCAAGCUGUCUCGGCUGGGCGGCGGGGGGAUGGACUUUGGUGUCGAUUACAGCACUUUGCCGAGAAGGCGACAUUCGACGCAGGUGCACAGCGCUUACUCUAACGGCCAGAGUACCAAUCGAGAUCCACCACGUGUCGCAAGCCUGUCGCGACUGGGAGGCGGAGGAUUUGAUUUUGGGGUCGACUACUGCACCCUCCCACGAACGCGCCAUCGCCAGUCAUCGCAACCACCAGCUUCACCUCAGACCACCAUGCCGACCUCAGGCUACGGCUUUCAGCCGAAAAAAUUGACAGUAAGCCGGCUGGGAGGGGGCGGGCCGGAUUUUGGCUCAGAUUAUUCAUCCUACAGACCGGUGUCAGUACAGACCAGGAGUCCUCAACAGGGCGACAUGCUGAACCGGGUUCAGGAGUCCCUGGAUAUCAGCCUUUCUCCACGAACUCCAGACUAUUAUCAGCCGCCACCAUUCGCUUCGCCGACGUCACCGCCACAGUACAUCCCGACAGGCGUGCGCCUCGACAUGGAACGAGAGCAAGAGCUGCAGCGCCAGCGAGAACAAGAACUGCUGCAGCAGCGACAGCGACAGCAACAGCAACAGCAGCUGCUACUGCAGCAGUACCAGCAGCCACAGCAGCAGUACCAGCAGCCACAGCAGCAGUACCAGCAGCCACAGCAGCAACAACCCUCGUACACGCCAACGGGGGUUCUUCUGGACCAGGAGCGGGGAGAGGGUGAGGAGCAGGAGGUCGAACUCGUGCCCGUGCACGAGAGGCGCAAAGCUUUCCUGAAUGCUCCCAGCCAACCCCCAGCCAUCAAAAAGUCUGGGAAGAAGAUCUCCCGACAGCUUGGCGGGGGAAAGCCCGACUUCGGCGUGGACUACAGCAAGCCCCAGUCCCGCACCUCCUCUGUGACCUGGAAGCCCCAGCCUGCACAGCGCCCUGUCAACGCGCCCCCUCCACCCCAGCAAGAGAUCGUACAGUCUACCCCACCUGCCUGGAAGGCAUCAGAGGAAGGUGAACGCGGACCCCCCGUGUGGCGAGAGAGCCUCAGAACCACAGGGGUGAAACCCUGGGAUGCAGACCUGGAAUACACAGCACAACAGCAGCAAGCCCCCAGGUCGGUGCCCUUUCAGCCUAAAGUGGACGCCUCCCCUUAUACUCCGUCCCAGACCGAUGACAAGCAGGAAGAUGGCCCUAAAGUGGUGCACCUGCAGUAUAACUCCCCCAUUGGCCUGUACUCGAAACAAAACGUGAAGGAAACAUACAUCGGCCAGACAAAGGUCCUAUCAUCCGGAGGGCCUUCAUCAGGGCAGACUCAGGUGCAGAAUCCCGCAAAACCAGGCGACCGCGACUGGACACAGUCAGCCGUUUACCGCAUGAUCUAUGAAGAAGAGCAGCGUGGACGUCCAGUGCAACAACAGCCACAGCAGCAGCAGCAGCAGCAGCAGCCGCCGCCGCAGCAGCAACAGCAGCAGCAGCAACAGCAGCAGCAGCGCUCCGCUCCACCGCCCAAGGCGCCCAAACCACAGCCUGCCUUCAAACAGUCCUUCACCCCUCUCGAUGAUGAGCUGGGUAUUUCUGACUUUUGAGGUCGUCACUUUUUGUCGGAAGUUGACCAUUUAGCGACAGAGAGCGCAUGCACAUAACCAAACUCGAUCACGCCUUUUUGAGCACAUUUAACAAAUGUUAUUUACUCUCAUUAGUUGGUGUAGUUACAGGACAGAAAAUACGAUUGUUGGUACUGGUGUUUUUAUUUUCUUCCAGCGUGGAUCCACGUGUUUUUUUUAAAUACUUGCUCCACAUGCACUGUUUAAAUGCAUAAUUAUACAAAACCGAAGAAUACGUUUUCCAGCCGCUUUGCAUGUGCAGGAGGGAAACCCGAGCAACUAUCCACACUUUCUUUCGACGAUGGUUUUCAAGAUAUUUCUAGGUCACACCGAAGGAAUGUUAAUUAAUGGGGCUUAACAACCACCGUGCUGCAAAGUCAAAUAAUUUUUUCAAUGGAUUUCUUAAAAGCUUAAAGAAAUCUUCACACAAAUGGAAAAGGUCAAGGCCGUUUAGAUGUAGCCUUCCAUUGCAUGAAGUCAUAUCUUCACUUCCGUAGUCUUCAUUCGAAGCUGCUUGAGUUUUCUAAAAAAAUGUGGUUGACAUCUCAUCAAACACAAAACCGUAAGCAAAUUAACAUUUCGUUAUACUGUACAGAAACUGGCUCUACCUUUUGGAUAGCUGGGUGCAUUUAUUUUUGAUGUCCUUUUUCUAGCUUUUUGUUUGCUUGUUUCGAGUGUCAGAGAUGAUUAUGAUAUAGUUCUACUGUGGUAUAUAUUUGUAAAUAUAUAUUCGACGAUAUGUACUAUUCUGACUUGGUUUCGUGCAAGAAAUAAUCGUUUCUUAUUUAUUGACAGGCCGCGAACAAGUGCAAUAUUUCUGUUUGAAAGACCCGUCCUUUUGUAAAUUUAGUGUUUAGAUCUAGUGGAAUAUAUGUACUAAAUUAAUGUGUGUGUUAUAAUUAUAAAUACUUGUUUGUUUUUGAAUUUCCUGCUACCUUAGCUCUGCCUCGUUUCAGCGACUGCAUUUGUAAUAUGCUUUGUUUAAGCUACGCCUGUGGAGAUAAUAUCUUGGAUGAAUGCCAUCGUGUAAAUAACAUUUUUCAGCAGGGACAAACUCCACAUAACUUUCCGAACGGUGUCAACCAUGCGUGACAAGGUCUCGUACACUUGUUUUGUGCUAAACGCAGCAAUGUGAUAGACUCUGUAUUGCAAUUCUCUUGCCACCUCUGCAACUGACUUGAAACUGUGGGGUUGAGUUCAGCAGCAACUAUGCAGUGCUUUUGAUAGGAAGAUGUACAUCUCAUGUCGUGUUUCAACAGUUUGCUACAUAAUGAUAACGCAAGGAAACACCAUUUGGAGACUCAUUAUUUGAAACAUACAUCACCGACAAUUUUAUUGACGUUGUACGCAGUCUCUGGUUUGUAUAAUUGUCCUUCUUAUUAGACACCUGGCAAAUGAAAACAGCAAAGAAAAAAAGUGUUCACGUUUGAUUUCCAUCGUGUAAAUAAUUUCUUACAUCAAAAGUUUCAUUCCAAUAAAUACACAAAGGCCCACAGACAUUUUAAAUAUGAAAAGGUUCGAUGAUUAAUAUGCACAAAACAAAUGCUAAUACUGUAUCGCUGCAGUCAUAUGCAUGGAGCCCAAAAGGGCGAAAGCUCAUUCGAGUGGUUUAGAUAUGAAAACUGUGCAUGAAACUGUGGGCGGUUUAAACAAUUUUAAAGACACAGAGUGCAAGAGCUUCUGUACAGUUUCAUAUGUUUAAUAGUAAAUAUCUCACACUUAUCCAUAAUGUACCAUCUGGUUAAUCGAAAGAUGGAUGGCAACAUAUUUAGCGUUUGGAGUGGUGUGAAUUUUAUCUUUUAGUUCAACGUCAGACAUAGAAUCUUUCAUGACAUUAUGUACACCAUUAUUUCUUCUUGAACAUUUGAAUUGAACAUCCAGUGAUAUGGCGCAUGCAUCAUAGAAUUUUGUGCGUGAGAGUGACAAGCGUUUAGCUUUACCAAAUGCUGUAUACAGCUGCCCUAUCAAAGCUUUAAUGCCUUCAAUAACUUUUGUCGAGAUCAAAGGGUAUUAAGUGCCUUGCUCACUUUUCCUAUUCCUGUCCUUGCAGCCAGAGGGACUAACUGUAUAUGUAGCCCAAAAGAACAAUUAAUAAUAAAAUAAUCAGUUUCCCAAUGUAGAGGUCUGACAUAGCUUUGUUUUCCGUCCGGUUCAAUAAAUCUGUGAUCAACCACAAAA